AUGGACGGUUCAGACUUGGCAGUUUCCUACAGUACUCGAGGCAGCUUUGCGAUCAUCACGCUGAAUAGUCCCCGAAAACUCAAUGCCUUGACCUCGCGACAAUGGUAUCGACUUGCGAGCAUUAUGCAGGAAAUUGAUUGUCUCGAUAGCAUUCUGGUGACGGUGUUGACAGGCAAGGGACGUUACUUUUCCGCGGGUGCAGACAUCUCGAACCCACAACCACAAACUGAUCCUGAUACUCGCCGACGUUGGCUGCAAAAUUUUGUCGCGACCAACUUCUAUCUUACGCACGCCUUUUCGACGCAUUCCAAGAUCCUUGUGGCGGCUCUCAAUGGCCCAGCAAUUGGAGGAUCAGCUGCCGUUGCUGCAUUCGCCGAUUUCAUUUACGCUGCUCCUCACACGUUCAUCCUCACGCCGUUCGCGUCACUCGGGCUUGUCGCAGAAGUGGGCACUUCGCAAACUCUCGUACAGAGACUGGGUAUCCCCCUCGCCAACGAAGCCAUGCUCAUGGGCCGGAAGAUUUCUGCUGCGGAAUUGGUAGGAUGUGGGUUCGCUACCAAAAUCAUUAACAUCGAAGAGGGAGACGAUCCGAAGUUCCUACACUUGGUUAUGAACGAGCUUGGCGAAAGAUUUGGGGAUCAUUUGAAUCACGAAUGCCUCCUUCAAAUCAAAGCUUUGCGACAGAAACCGCAGAGAGAUGUACUAGCUUUACAGAAUGUUGCAGAAGUGUUUGCCGGGUGGGAGCGCUUGACAUCGGGUGCGGUAGAGAAAGAGAUGGGGAAGAUUAGAUCGGGAGAGAAGCGACAUAAAUUAUGA